AUGGCUGCUAACUUCGAAAAUAAUCCAGCCAUCGCGAAUUUUGUGGAAUAUUUGAAAAUACCGAGUGUUCAACCUGACAUCAACUAUGAUGACUGUGUAGCAUUUCUGAAAAAGCAGGCUAAUGGACUUAGCCUCGCUGUGAAAGUAUACGAAUUAGUUCCACGCAAGCCCAUAGUUAUUAUAACAUGGCCAGGCAAAGACCAAUCGCUCGGAUCAAUCUUGCUGAAUUCUCAUAUGGAUGUCGUGCCUGUAUUCGAAAACAGUUGGACGUAUCCUCCGUUUAGUGGUCAUAUUGACAAGGAUGGAAAGAUCUACGCCCGUGGCUCUCAAGACAUGAAAUGUGUUGGUAUUCAAUAUCUUGAAGCUAUACGGAAACUGAAGGCGGCUGGAGUGCAGUUAAAAAGGACUCUCCACGUAUGUUUCGUACCUGACGAAGAAAUUGGAGGUCAUGAUGGUAUGGAAAAAUUCGUCGUUACUAAAGAUUUCAAGGACUUGAACGUGGCAUUCGCUUUAGAUGAAGGAAUGGCAAGCCCUAAUGAAGACUUUGUAUUGUUUAACGGCGAAAGGAGUAUUUGGCAAAUUCACGUUCAUUGUACUGGACAACCUGGCCAUGGAUCAUUGUUGCUUCCUAACACCGCGGGUGAAAAGUUGAGGUUUAUCAUUGAUAAAUUCAUGGAUUUGAGAGCUGAGCAGAAAAAGAUAUUGGAAAGCAAUCCAAAAUGGACCAUUGGUGACGUCACAACGAUCAAUUUGACUCAAAUAUACGGAGGUGUGCAAUCUAAUGUAGUUCCUGAGAAACUGACUGCAGUUUUUGAUAUUCGAUUGGCUGUGACAGUUAACCACGAGGAAUUUGAAGCCAUGAUAAAUAAGUGGUGUAAGGAAGCAGGAGAUGGAGUAACCUUCGAUUUCGAACAAAAAAAUCAUUACGUAGAGGUCACAAAACUGGAUGCAAGCAAUCCUUUCUGGCUGGCUUUCAAAGCUGCUGCUGAUGAGCUAAAACUCAAGCUCGACUGUAGAAUUUUCCCUGGCGGUACUGAUAGUAGAUACGUACGUGAUGUUGGAAUACCGGCUUUGGGCUUCUCUCCUAUGAACCAUACACCGGUCCUUCUCCAUGAUCACGACGAGUUUCUAAGAGCCGAUAUAUUUCUGAAAGGCAUUGAUAUCUACGUUAAGCUUCUUACAGCUGUCGCUAACGUUUAA